UGCAUAGAUGAGUGCUGCCGAGGGAGAAGGAUAAUACAAAAUGGCAAAAGCAGUUUUCCAUCCCCCGAGAAGGAAGAGAAAAGUUUAUGAAUCCUAUGAGUCUCCUUUUCCUAUUUCUGGCUCCUGGGAUGGUGUUUAUGGGAGAGAUUACAAAAUAUGCCAAGCUGAAAUUAUUAACAAAAAUGUAAUUGUGAAGAAUCCUGAGCAUAUAGAACAGCUGUAUAGCAAGGGAUUUUUUGGGAAAGGUAUUAUUUCAAGAAGUCGACCAGAAUAUGAUAUUUCAGAUCCAGCACUGGUUGUUAAGUGGCAAGAUGCCAGGUUAAACAUGCCUAUAGUCUCUUCAAAAAAAUUCCAGCAUUAUGUAGAAUGGGCUAAAAGCCGCAUGAAGGAGCAGGGAUUCGAUGACUGCACAAUAAACAAAUUCCUUCUAAAUUACAUUGAACCACUUGAUCUAGAAGGAAAAGCUGAACAAACUACUGAGUCUCGGAAUGAAGAGACACAAGCAAUGGAGACUGCUGAGCCAAAGCUGUUAGUGACUUCUACUGAAACUAAUGGGGAUCAGGCAGCCUUCCUGGAAGGGGAUCCAUGUUGUGAUCCAUUAGGCAAAUGUGGCUCUAAUGAAGUGGACAGAACAGGAUUUCAAGCUAUAACUAAAACAUAUUCUCCAAAAAAUCCAUCCAGUUUGCAUGAUGCCAGCAAGGACGAUGAUUGUGUCAAACAAGAAUCUCCUGUUUUGAGCAGUGAAGACUAUAAUCACCAGGAGUUUGUGCUGGUACAAGAAUCUAAUUUGAGUCCAGAAGAAGAAAAAGCAUAUGUAAGGGAACAUGAUCCCCUUUUUGCUACUUUGUUAUAGUUGAACGAAAGAGAAAAGUUAGUAUGCAGAAGAAAUCCAUUUAGGAUUUUUGAAUAUUUGCAGCUCGGUCUAGAAGAGGCUUUUUUCUUGGUGUAUGCCCUGGGAUGUUUAAAUAUUUAUUACAAUGAGGCACCGUUAUCUAUCUUGAAGCUUUGGGAAUUUUUCAGUGAAGCGCAACCCAAUUUUAGGACUACAUACAUGGCUUAUCACUAUUUCCGAUGCAAAGGGUGGGUUCCUAAAGUUGGACUGAAAUAUGGAACUGAUCUCUUGUUGUAUCGAAAAGGUCCUCCUUUUUACCAUGCCAGUUAUUCUGUGAUUGCUGAAUUAGUUAAUGAUGACUUUGAAGGAUCAUCACCCAGAUCGUUUAGUUGGAAGUCUUUGUCCAGUUUGAACAGAAUCACAGCAAAUGUUUCUAAGGAACUUAUGUUCUGUUACCUGAUUAAACCAUCUGAUAUGACUGAAAAAGAAAUGUCAUCACCAGAGUGUCUCAAAAGAAUUAAAGUUCAGGAAUUGAUUCUACAUCGUUGGGUCUCAUCCCGUGAGCGUAAUGAACAAGAUGAACUGUGAUAAACUAGAUUGUAAAAAUUAGUAUUAUUGAAAUAUCUACAAUAAAUGAAA